UUGUGAAGAUCAUCAUUUAAAAUGUAAAGCUAAGUAAAACAAAGAUAAUUGUUUUCAGGAAAGGAAGCACGUCAACUGAUUGGAUAAAUGAUUUUGGAUUCAUGGAUCUGUAGAAAUUGUCACAGAAUACUAUUAUUUAGGUUUAAUUGGAGCAGGAAUAAAUUAUUCUGAACGACAAUAUGAAAACCAAAUGAACUCUCAUUGCCAUUCUAAUAGUUAUCCAUCCUAUCAGCCUUCGUCUCCAUAUCGUCCUCAUCCAAUAUCUCCACAAGCUCAUACUCAUCAAUAUAACAGUCACGGGAAUCAUCAGAUGCACUCAGGUAUGGUAUAUGGCACUGGUCAUCAGUUGGGACCAUAUGCUUCAGCACCACAAGCACAUUUUGGGACUCAAACUCAAGAUAUAUACAGCAAUCGCCGUAACAUGUUCAGCAAUGGAAAUCGUAAUGUACAGCAAGUAAAAACAGCUUGGGUAGAUAGUGGAAACAGUGGAAAUAGUGAUUUAAUACAGAAUUUUAGUCAGUCUUCUCCACGUCCAACAAUGCUUGUUAAUUCCCCACAUAUGCCUCCUCCAUCUUUGCGUUCACCUCCACAUGGGGUUGUUAGCAGUACAGCAACUUCAUCUCUUGUACCAACUCAUCAUCAUUAUCGGUCUUUGCCUGUUGGAACCUCCCCUAAUCAAUCUCCUCAUUCCUGGUCUCAAACUCAAAUACCAAGCCCAAGUUUGCUUCAUUCUCCACGUGCUACACCAUCUCCUCUUCCAAAUCAUGCAAGAUCACCAGGACAUAAUCAGCCUUUUUCUCCACCUCCAACAACUCCUUCUCCUCAUCAUGCUUCAACAUCUGCUACUUCACAUCAAACAUCACAAGUAAAGGUUGCGUCUCCAUCAAGUAGUAAUUGUCAGACUAUAAAUCAGUCAGGAUCUGAUCCUUUACAGUCAUUGCAAAAAAUGGUUAUGUUAGAAACUGAUACAAAUGAAUCUCCAAUGACAAGAGUUAAUUAUGAAGUACCAAAUUCUCACAAUAAUCCUCAAACAACUAGGUGUUAUUUCUCUUCAGUUGAACAAUUAGCUGGAAGUAAUCCAGGAUCACCAUAUCCAACUUACUAUAACUUAGAUCAAAAUCGACUCUGUACUCCAUCAAGUGCACGUAUGUCAACACCUGCAACGCCCACAUAUUCAUCUGCUCCUGAUUCUGUAUCAAAUAGUUCUACUAGUAAUGACUCUAGAACUUCAUCCUGUACUGAAAAUAUAAUUGUUAAUCAACAAAAUGGAGAAGUUAAGCAUACAUCUAGUGCAGAAGUAAAUAGUGAAAAACUCAAUUCAGUUUCAAAAGAUAAAAUCAUAAAUGGAGAACAGGAAAUUGAUGUUGAUGAAACAACAUCAAAUUCUUUGCAAGAUUCAAAAGAUAAAUUAAUUCAGAAAAAAAUUGAAAUUUCCGAUUCUAAAGAAAACUGCAUAAAUUGGAAUAAAAAAUUUUCAGUAGGAGAAGAUUGUUCCACAAAUGAAAUCAAGCCUACAGCAAUUACUUCAUUCAAGAAUAAAAAAAUAAGCAAUGAUGAUGAUGAUGAUUCAGAUUUUUGUAAUUCACCACAAGAGACUGUUGUUGAAAAACAAUUAAAAAGUAAAACUAUUUUAUCUAAUAAAAGAAAUUUAGUUAUACAAGAAAUAUCUGUUUCAAAUGGACCUGCUUCUAAUUGUGGUGAUAAUGACAGUUAUUUACAAAAUACCCUGAACUGUGCAUCACCAAAAUGGAAUAAUAAUGAAUCCUGUGAUGAUAGUCAUGAUAUAGAAGAAAAGGAACAUUUAUCAGAGGAAAAUACUUUAGUUUUUUCCAAGCAAAAUUCUUUAGCGGGACUUUCAUCUCAACGAACAAGUACACAGUGUAAUUUAAUAUGGAUAAGGAAAGAUAUCAAAAAUAUUCAUAAAACUAUAGAAUUAUCUGAAAAUUUAAAUACAGAAGUGUCUAAUGAUGGGAAUGAAAAAAAUGACAGUGAUAGUAGUGAUGAGAAAGAGAGUUCUGAAAACUGCACAAAUAAAAUACAUGAUAAUAAAAUACCAUUAGCAACACAAAAAUUUGGAGAUUUUGGAAUUAGUAAUUUCUUGGGAAAAGAGGAAAAAAAAGAAAGUUGGAAACAUCCAGAUUUAUAUGUCGGACCUUCCCCAUCUGAUGAAAGAUCUGAUGAAAGCAUGUCAAAAGAAUCUAGUAUUGUAAAUACUUCUGCUCCAUUAAAAGCAACAUCUGAAUCAUUAAUUAUCCCUUUAAGUGAAAAUACACCAUCUGAUGAAUCAAAAUUAAAUAAAAAAUCCAAAAAUACUUCCAAAGAAAAGUUUACAAUAAAGGAAUCUUCAGAUACAACAAAUGAUGAUCAUACUCCAUCUCGUUCUCGAAGUUCUGAUAGUCCUCCAAAGAAAAAACGAGGUCGUCCAUUUGGAAGUAAGAAUAAACCUAAAUCUCAAAGCGAUAAGUCAGAUAAAAAGAAACGAAAAAAGGGUGAAGUUGUUGAUACAAAAGAAACAGAUCAAAAGAAAAAAAAUAAAGGAUUUAGUGGACCUCAUGUUCAUGUUGUCGGGACCAGAGACAAACCCCUUUCCAUAACUGUUGUAAAUGUAGCACCUAAAGAAGAAGAAAAAUAUGUAAAGUAUCAAAAACAAAAGAGGGAUUUUCAUACAGGAAAUAACUUACAUAAAAAGUUGGGAGUAGGACAUACCAGUACAUUAUCUCCACUUUAUGAUGCAUUCACAAAAGAUAAAACGUGGGUUUGUGCAUUAUGUCAAAAAGGUAGUCACUAUCGCAAUUUAGGAGAUUUAUUUGGUCCAUAUUAUUUCAAAGAGGAACAUAAUUUAACCAUGCCUUCAAACUGUUCAGCACCAGCAGAUAAUGUGAAAAAUGUGCAGAAAGAUGCUGCUGUUACUAGUAAAAAUGCAGCAUUAAAUCGAAAGGUUAGAUCAAAGAGGAAACGAUCUGAACUUGUUGAAGAAUUUAUAAAAACGUCAAUGUCCAAAAAAUCAAAGCAGCUUAAGAAACCAGAAGGUGAAGUAGUUAGUCCAGAAUCAUCAUCAUCAACAACUGUUCCAGUAACAUUUCACGAAGGAAAUGAAUUUUGGAUUCAUGAAGAUUGUGCUCUUUGGUCCCAUGGUGUUUGUUUAAAUGGUCAAAGAAUUCAUGGCCUGGAAGAUGCAGUUAAAGAAGCUUCUGUUAUGGUAUGCUCUAAAUGUAAAUUACGAGGUGCAACACUUGGUUGCUUAAAUAAAGGAUGCACAGAACAAUACCAUUAUAUUUGUGCUGUUGAUAAAGCUUAAGAAACCAGAAGGUGAAGUAGUUAGUCCAGAAUCAUCAUCAUCAACAACUGUUCCAGUAACAUUUCACGAAGGAAAUGAAUUUUGGAUUCAUGAAGAUUGUGCUCUUUGGUCCCAUGGUGUUUGUUUAAAUGGUCAAAGAAUUCAUGGCCUGGAAGAUGCAGUUAAAGAAGCUUCUGUUAUGGUAUGCUCUAAAUGUAAAUUACGAGGUGCAACACUUGGUUGCUUAAAUAAAGGAUGCACAGAACAAUACCAUUAUAUUUGUGCUGUUGAUAAAGGAUGUGAUAUGGAUGAAGAAAAUUUUUCUUUGUUAUGUCCAAGACAUAGAAAAAGAUCACAUGGAGAAAAACGAAAUGUAGUAGAAUGAAAUUAUCGAAGACUUUAUUUUGCUUCCACUAGAUAGUGAUGUGAUACAAUGAAAGUGUUAUCUGUCACUAUUUCAUUCCAGACUUUUGUGUGGUGGCAUGUGACUUCUGAUGUGAUGUUGGUGUUAUACCCACAGAUACAAGAAUGUCCAGUUGGUAUACACUUCAUCCAUGCAGUAUACCUUGCAUCUUGUGAUUGGCUAUAGUCUUUAAGUGCCCUGUGUUUUUAUAUAAAAAGUCCAAUGUUAUAGUGCAACAAAUUUGGUUUUGGAUAGUUGCUUCAAUUGUGAACUAUUCAAUUUUUAUAGAUAGAUUUAAAGUGCCACAAGAACAGCAUAUGUAACCCUAUCAUUAUAGCAAAAAUAAAAAAAAGGAAGCAACCUUCAUUUUUCCUGCACAAGAGUGGUUUUCUGUGAUGUCAUGAAUAUACAAACUGUGGAUUUACCCCAUGUAAUUCUAUACAAAAUCAUUUCAACAUAUUCAUUACUUCAGAUUAUGGUAACUUAAUAUUACCGUGCUCAUUUGACAAGGAUAAGAAGUGGCACAAAAAAAUGUAGGAUAAACUUAGGAAAAAAAAACCAUGCCCAUUUAAUCUAGACUUUAUCUAUCUAGUGUUUAUACAGCCUUUUUAAGAAAGAACAGGGUAGCUUGCUGACUUUACUUCUGUACAUUAGUGUGUUGUGAUAAUGUGAAGAAGUGCUUACAGCUACUACUCACUUUAUAUAUACAUAUAUAUAU